AUGCCUCCUCCUCCUAGCCACCCCGGCGGUGUCGGGCCGUCGAACUUUGACAAGUUCAAGAUGGGUGCUAUGAUGGGCGGCACGGUUGGCACCAUCAUCGGCUUCAUCUUUGGUGCGACCCUCCCCGCGAGCCGUUUUUGA